CUCAUAUGAUGCGCAUAUGGGGCCAGCACCCUACUCCUUUGAGCCACAGUGCUUCCCCAGUUUUUCUAUUUUUGGUAGAGACAGGGGACUCGCUUUUUUGCUUGGACUGGUCUUGAACUCAUGAGCGCAAGCAAUUCACCUGCCUCGGCUUCCCAGAGUGCUAGAAUUACAGGCGUGAGCCACUGAGCCCGGCUGCAUAGGCUGUUUCUAAAUAUUCUCUAUUACAUUGCGUAGGCAGCAUUUUUUUUUUUUUUGAGACAGAGUCUCACUGUGUCGCCCUCGGUAGAGUGCUGUGACAUCACAGCUCACAGCAACCUCAAACUCUUGGGCUUAAGCGAUUCUCUUGCCUCAGCUUCCUAAAGUAGCUGGGACUAUAGGCACCUGCCACAAUGCCUGGCUAUUUUCUUGUUGUAGUUGUCAUUGUUUAGCUAGCCUGGGCUGGGUUUGAACUCGCCAGCCUUGGUGCAUGUGGCUGGCACCGGAACCAUCGUGCUGCAGGCACCGAGCUUUAGGCAGCAUUUUUGUUCAUAUUUUUCUGUGAACACUCACUCAAGGUUCUCUAGGCCUAUACCUGUUUCCUUCCAGCCAAGUUCUUUUGUCCGCUGCCCAAGAGAACGCCAAUGCUCAAAGACAGCAAGGUUUACAGCAGAGAGUGUGUUCUGCAUAGUGCUAAGUGGGGAGACAGGUGAAAUCUCUCAAAUCUGCCUCCAUGAGAAUUGGGGGACAGGGUUUUUAAAGACAGUUUGGUGAGCAAAGGGUUAGGCAGUCAGGGUUUGCUAAUGGGCUGGUUUCAGGAUGGAACCAUCAGUGCUUUGGUAUGGGCAUCUGUCUGCGUGGGUCAGUUACUGGAAGGCAGGACCUUGGCUGGGGGACCAAGACCAGCUGAGCCAGUUUCUCGGCCUGGAUGAGUCAGUUAAUCCACUGGAAUGCAGGGCCUGGAAGAUAUCUCAAAGACUACCCCUAGGUUCUGAACAGGUGAUGUUAUUCAUGGAGAAAUGUUAAGAAUCUUUACAGCUACCACCUGUGCCCUUUGGAGGAGCAAUUAUAGAGAAGCAAACAAGGGGACCUGGCUUAUUAUUGUCCUUAUUUUAGUUAAGCCUGUUCCUUCACAGAGUUUUGAGGGCCCUUACUCUAGUUCUUUCCUUGCAUCCAGUUUGUAAGGGCUGUUUCAUACAAUCAUUACCAUUUUGCUCACCAAAGUAGUUGAAGCAGUUUAACUUCUGUAGCGAAUGAACUUCCAUUCUCUACAACUUUGCCCAAACCAAGAAUUUGUCAAGACUUAAUACUUGUCAGUUGGGUGGCUAGAAUAAAUCCUUAUGAUUUUAGUUUAUGUUUCCCUGAUUAUUAAUGAGGUUAAGCAUAUUUUCAUGUUUGUUGGUUAUUCUUGUUUUCUAUAGACCCCAUUCACUAUACACAUAGUGGUCAUUUUUCUCUAGAUUUGUCUUUUGCUUGUUAAUUUCUAAAAGGAAUUCUUCCUGUAAUUUGGAUACUAAAAUUUAGUCUUUUUAUGUUUAUAUCUUCUUUCAGUUGGUAGCUCAUUUUUUCAUUAGUUUUGUGAAACUGCAGGUUUUAAUUUUAGUCAGGUUUAUCAGUCUUUUAGUUUAUGCUUGUAGGAAAUCCUUUAUCCUCAAGUCAUGAAGCUAUCUUAUAUUAAAAUCUGGAAGGCGGAGGCAAAGUGGGUUGCUUGAGCUCAGGAGUUCAAGACCAGCCUGAUCAAGAACAAGACUCUGUCUCUACUGAAAAUAGAAAACUACCGGGCGUUGUGGCGGGUGCCUAUAGUCUCAGCUACUCGGGAGGCUGAGGGAAGAGAAUCGCUUGAACCCAGGAGUUUGAGGUUGCUGUGAGCUAGGAUGCCAUGGCACUCUACCGAGGGUGACAAUGAGACUGUCUCAAAAAGAAAAGAAUGAUAAAAAUAAACUGAAAAUAGAACCAAACAAAUAUUUUAAGUUUCUAAAAAAUUAGCAAAUAUUACAGAGAGCUCUUAUAAAAGUGUCUUGAGCAUGCAAAACUAGAAGGAGUUAAAGUUCCUCGUAACUUUCGCUUGUUGGAAGAACUUGAAGAAGGACAAAAAGGAGUAGGUGAUGGUACAGUUAGCUGGGGCCUUGAAGAUGACGAAGAUAUGACGCUUACAAGGUGGACAGGCAUGAUUAUUGGGCCACCAAGGACAAAUUAUGAAAACAGAAUAUAUAGCUUGAAAGUAGAAUGUGGACCUAAAUACCCAGAAGCUCCUCCAUCAGUUAGAUUUGUAACAAAAAUUAAUAUGAAUGGAAUAAAUAAUUCCAGUGGCAUGGUGGAUGCACGUAGCAUACCAGUUUUAGCAAAAUGGCAAAAUUCAUAUAGCAUUAAAGUUGUACUUCAAGAGCUAAGACGUCUAAUGAUGUCCAAAGAAAAUAUGAAGCUUCCACAGCCACCAGAAGGACAAACAUACAACAAUUAAUUUUAGUGGAUCUCAAACUUGUCUUAAAUCAACAACCUUUUACUCAUGUUAAUGUCUUGAUUAAAUAUCACAAUGCAAAAUACCCACACAUUAAGUAAAGGAAUUUCACCUGGUAAACAUGACCUGGACAUUUGUAAGAAUAUAUUUAAUAUAUGUACACCCAGUAUGUUUUCAGGUAACAAGAGGAAAAAUGCAGCACAUUUUUUUUCUCUUAUUAAGGCACUGUCAUUUAAACAUAAACCUGGAAUAUACUCUAAAUAGAAUUCAGGUUUACAAGAUGAAAGUGUGAAGAGGGGUAUCAGAUGGCAGUGGAAGCAUGUGUGUUUCUGAAAAGUAAAAAAUCUCCAGAAGGAAAAACAGAAAUGGCAUGCUUUAUCCAUCUUGCUUAGUGAAAGAGCUGCAGUUGAAAUUGUUUAAAGUAGCAGGUAUAAUGAAUAUUGUCGCAAAUUGUGUUAAUUUUUGAAGCAGUGUGGGUGCUGACUACUAGUAGUAUGAAAAAUAUGUUCAGGAUUGUUUUGAUACCUGUAUUUAUAAUAAAAUGUUGGUGGGGGGGUGAUGAGUUUCUGUUAAGAGCUGUUCCUGUGUGUUACAUGUAACAGACAUGGUAAAUAUUUGUUUACAGUCUUCGUUUAACAAACCAUGCAUUUAAGUUUAAGUGAAGUCAACAAAAAGGAAAUAGGUGUAUGGAGAUGUGAUUUUGAGAUUAAAGUUAGUCUUAAAAUGUAAAUAAAAUGUGGAACGUAUCCUC